AUGGACGUAGACGUGGACGUGGACCUGGACGUGGACGUGGACAUGGACAUGGACGUGGAUGUGGACGUGGAGGAUUUGGAUGACUUGGACGUGGACAUGGACGUGGACAUGGACGUGGACUUGGACGUGGACAUGGACUUGGACAUGGACGUGGACAUGGACGUGGACAUGGACUUGGACAUGGACGUGGACGUGGACGUGGACGUGGACGUGGACGUGGACGUGGACGUGGACAUGGACGUGGACAUGGACGUGGACGUGGACAUGGACGUGGACAUGGACGUGGACGUGGACGUGGACGUAGACGUGGACAUGGACGUGGACGUGGACGUGGACGUGGACGUGGACAUGGACAUGGACGUGGACGUGGACGUGGACAUGGACAUGGACGUGGACGUGGACAUGGACGUGGACGUGGACAUGGACGUGGACAUGGACGUGGACGUGGACAUGGACGUGGACAUGGACGUGGACGUGGACGUGGACGUAGACGUGGACAUGGACGUGGACGUGGACGUGGACGUGGACAUGGACAUGGACGUGGACGUGGACGUGGACAUGGACAUGGACGUGGACGUGGACAUGGACGUGGACGUGGACAUGGACGUGGACAUGGAUGUGGACAUGAACGUGGACAUGGACGUGGACGUGGACGUGGACGUGGACGUGGACGUGGACGUGGACAUGGACGUGGACGUGGACGUGGACGUGGACAUGGACGUGGACGUGGACGUGGACGUGGACGUGGACAUGGACAUGGACGUGGACGUGGACGUGGACGUUGACGUGGACAUGGACGUGGACGUGGACGUGGACAUGGACAUGGACGUGGACGUGGACGUGGACGUUGACGUGGACAUGGACGUGGAGGACUUGGACGUGGACUUGGACGUGGACGUGGACGUGGACGUGGACAUGGACAUGGACAUGGACGUGGACGUGGACGUGGACGUGGACAUGGACAUGGACGUGGACGUGGACAUGGACGUGGACGUGGACAUGGACGUAGACAUGGACGUGGACGUGGACGUGGUCGUGGACGUGGACAUGGACGUGGACGUGGACGUGGACAUUGUCGUGGUCGUGGACGUGGACGUGGACGUGGACGUGAACGUGGUCGUGGACGUGGACGUGGACGUGGACGUUGACGUGGACAUGGACAUGGACAUGGACGUGGACGUGGACAUGGACGUGGACGUGGACGUUGACGUGGACAUGGACGUGGACGUGAACGUGAACGUGGUCGUGGACAUGGACGUGGACGUGGACGUGGACAUGGACGUGGACGUGGACGUUGACGUGGUCGUUGACUUGGACGUGGAGGUGGACGUGGACGUGGACGUGGUCGUGGACAUGGACGUGGACGUGGACGUGGACGUGGACAUGGACGUGGAUAUGGACGUGGACGUGGACCUGGACGUGGUCGUGGACGUGGUCGUGGACGUGGACGUGGUCGUGGACGUGGACGUGGACGUGGUCGUGGACGUGGACGUGGACAUGGACGUGGACGUGGACGUGGUCGUGGACGUGGUCAUGGACGUGGACGUGGAGGACCUGGACGUGGACGUGGACGUGGUCGUGGACGUGGACGUGGACGUGGUCGUGGACGUGGACGUGGACGUGGUCGUGGACGUGGUCGUGGACGUGGACGUGGUCGUGGACGUGGUCGUGGACGUGGACGUGGUCGUGGACGUGGUCGACAUGGACGUGGACGUGGUCGUGGACGUGGAGGACUUGGACGUGGAGGACUUGGACGUGGACUGA